AUGCGCUAUCCUAUCGUGAUUCACAAGGAUGAAGAAAGCAGCUACGGUGUAACGGUACCCGACCUCCCGGGGUGCUUCUCCGCUGGAGAGACCCUGGAUGAAGCCUUGGAAUUGGCUCAAGACGCCAUACUUGGUCAUGUCGAAACCCUGCUUAUGGGCGGACAGACCAUUCCGGAGCAGCGCUCAUUGGAACUGCACCAGCAGAACCUCGAUUAUGCCGGCGGAAUGUGGGCGUUGGUAGAUGUAGACCUUUCAAAGGUGACUGCCAAGACCGUACGAGUAAACAUCACCAUGCCGUCUCCCAUCCUGUCCCUGACCGACAAAGUGGCCAAACAGGAAGGAGAGUCACGCUCCGGGCUAUUGGCAAAGGCUGUGCUGUACUACGUGGAAAGCAAGGUGAGGGCGUGA